CCGACCCAGCUGGAGGAAGGGGCGGCGGCGGCGGCGGCGGCCACGAUGAGCGCAGGCGACGCUGUGUGCACCGGCUGGCUCGUCAAGUCGCCCCCCGAGAGGAAACUGCAGCGCUACGCCUGGCGCAAGCGCUGGUUUGUCCUCCGGCGGGGCCGCAUGUGUGGCAACCCCGACGUGUUGGAGUACUACAGGAACAAACACUCGAGCAAGCCCAUUCGUGUGAUAGACCUCAGCGAGUGUGCGGUGUGGAAGCAUGCGGGCCCUGGCUUCGUGCGGAAGGAGUUCCAGAACAACUUCGUGUUCAUCGUGAAGACUACUUCGCGUACGUUCUAUCUGGUGGCCAAGACCGAGGAAGAAAUGCAUGUGUGGGUACACAGCAUCAGCCAAGUCUGCAACCUCGGCCACCUGGAGGAUGGUGCAGCAGAUUCCGUGGAGAGCCUCGCUCACACGCCCUCCUCCCUCCAGCCAUCCCCUGCCAGCUUCCUUCACACCGCCCAUGCUGUCAGCUCCCCCUUGCCAAGAGAUGACCCAAACUCUAAUACCAUAGCCACUGAGGAGACCAGAAGUGAGUCAGAGUUGCUCUUCCUUCCUGAUUAUCUGAUUCUGUCCAACUGUGAGAGUGGAAGACUGCACCACACCAGUUUACCCACCAGAUGUGACAGCUGGUCAAACUCAGAGCGUUCCUUGGAACAGACUUCAUUCGAUGAUGUUUUUGUUGACGGCCUGCAGGCGCUGCCCUACGUUAACUUGGUCCACCCCUCAGUCCAGAGGAAUGGGUCUCAGGAGGCACCUCCCACAAGGCCUCAGGCUGCCCUGACCUGGAGCAGAGAUAUCAAUGGGCCCGCCAGGAACCACUUUUCCUCACCAUUGCUGGAAACGUCCUUAAACCCCACCCUUCAGGUAGAUAAGAACCAACGCUCCUUACCCUUCGGGGUAAAAGAACUAGACAUUGUAUCCAACACGCCACCGCCCCGCCCCCCCAAGCCAAUUCAUCUCUCUGAACGGCGCCAAGAGGAGCAGCUACUGUGGAGUGGGCACACCAGCAUCAGAAAGCCAGAAUUCACUGCGGCACCAAGAAGGAUCUCCCUUUCGGGUUUAGAUAACGUGAGAACCUGGAAAGCUGAUGUAGAAGGCCAAUCCUUAAGACACCGAGACAAGCGGCUUAGUUUAAAUUUGCCGAGCAGGUUCUCCCCAGUGUACCCCACAACAUCAGCCAGUACUGAGGAUGGCUACGUGCCCAUGGGCCCCCACGUCGCCACUGCUUGCCUCCGGACCCAGUGCAGCCCUGAUGACUACAUCCCCAUGAGCUCAGGAAGCAUCGCGAGCCCACUGCCCAAGCUACCUGCAGACCUGGAACCUCCUCCAGUGAAUAGAGAUCUCAAGCCUCAGAGGAAACCACGGCCACCUCCGCUAGAUCUGAGAAACCUCUCUACCAUCCGGGAACAUGCCUCUCUAACCCGGACCCACACUGUUCCUUGCAAUCGGACCAGCUUUCUCUCUCCAGGAAGAAACGGUAUUAAUUCUGCAAGAUUUUUUGCCAAUUCUGUUUCCAGAGAAGAGGAAGAAAGCUACAUCCAGAUGGAGGAACACCGAACAGGCAACUCCCUGAGCGGUGGUUCUGUGAUGUGGACAAAGAAAUUCAGCCUGGAUUACUUAGCCCUGGACUUUAAUUCAGCAUCACCAGCUCCUGUACAGCAGAAACUUCUCCUUUCAGAAGAGCAAAGAGUAGACUAUGUCCAGGUGGAUGAGCAGAAGACGCAAGCUCUCCAGAACACGAAGCAGGAGUGGACGGACGAGAGGCAGUCCAAAGUGUCAAGAUGCAGAGAGAACGUGUAAUGCCCGUGGGCUUGGCAAGAACCCUUGGGAGAGAGGAUCUGUGUACAUUCGACGGGGAGAAGAAGGAAGCAGCGUCCUCCCAGAGGGGGCUGUGAUGGAGUCCGGCCCCCACACCCACCACCACCUGCCGCAGAAGUUUCCUCCUCUGGCCACGCCGGCCCAUGCCCAGAGCCUCAGGGGUGCUAAGAGCUGGCUCCACAGUCACAAGAGGCGCGGAGAUGGAGGAUUGCACGGCCAUGGACUGGCAUGGAGAAAACUUCAUUCACUCAACAGGGUAGGAACAAUAAAAACAAGACUCAAGAGACCAUUUUCCGAGAGUUUGGUGACAAAUCUCUCCAAUGGAGGAUCUGGAGUGCAGACCGAAGCCAGUAUUCCUAACUGACAGGAAGACAUCAUUUGACUCCAAUGCCUCUCUCCCAUGCUUCCACUGAAAUGAUACAUUUUCCCAGCAGAGAAGCCCCUGGAGGCCAUCUUGUCCUAGCUCCCGAGGACGUGGCUGAAGAGAUCAAGCCAGCAAUGAUGGGAGAAUCUGCAUUCCUUACUCCAUAGACUCCAGCAGAUAGAUCAUUGUUAUUCCCCAAAGAAAGACAAUUUAAGUGAUGAGGCAAGGAUUCCUGGGCUCUGUGGUGGCCAUAUCAGAUGACACCAGUGGCUCUGAGGGGGUCAUGGUUUAAGCAGCUACCUGUGGCCGGGUAUUCCGUUGCUGUUGACCUGUUUCCGGCAUGUUUUCACGUGCACCAUUGCCUCUGCCCCCUAAAAGUCCCCGGAAGCUCAGGUUGGCGGAAAUUGUUGCUCCCACUUGAAGAAAAGCAAACUGAGGACCAGAGGAGGGUGCACUUUGCCCAUGAUCACUCAUGGAGCCAAGACACAGAGUCGGGUUUAAAUAGAGCUGGCCAGGCUGCCCAUUGCAGGUUCAUUCUACCAUCUCAC